ACGGAGGCGCGCGCGUCAUGGGGCAGCCCGCUAGAGUUCAUACUGGCGUGCCUCGGCUACGCUGUCGGGCUCGGAAACGUCUGGAGAUUCCCUUAUCUGUGCUAUAGAAAUGGAGGAGGUGCCUUCCUCAUUCCUUUCUUCCUUAUGCUCAUCUUCAUUGGUCUUCCAAUCUUCUUUUUGGAGCUUUACAUUGGACAGUACUCAGGCAUCGGACCACUUCAAGCAUUCACUGCUAUUUCACCCUUUUUUAGUGGCCUGGGCUACUGCACUUUAGUAGUCAUUACUAUUAUAUCAAUCUAUUAUAUGAUCAUCGUGGCAUGGACUUUGUUUUAUACCGUUGUGUCUUUCGCUGGAAAAUUGGAUUGGGGAUCGUGCGAAAAUGAAUACAAUUCCUUAGCCUGCUACAGUGGAGCAUACGAUACGGAGUGCAAAAUUCGAGGAAAUAAUUCGGGGCUAGCGAAAGAUCUGACUUACUUUGAACGUGAUUGUAUUUCCAUUGGUGACAUAUGCGAGCGAACCGGAUACCAGCCCUAUGAUGGUUUCUCGUGCCUAAACGGAACAGAGACUAUUCCUUGGUACUCGAAUGUCACAAGGGUUUUGGCUUCGGAGGAGUAUUACAACGAACGCGUACUAGGCAUUGGUGACGCGACGUGGGAAAAUUGGGGCACGAUACAAUGGCAUCUCGUUGGCUGUCUCGCGUUGUCCUGGUUUGUGGCCUUCCUUGCCGUCAUCAAAGGCGUACAAUCAGCAGGAAAAGUCGUGUAUUUCACAGCUCUGUUCCCGUAUGUGAUGUUAACAGCACUUCUAGUCAGGGGUGUCACCUUAGAAGGGGCAGUAGAUGGCAUGUUGUUUUUCAUAACGCCGACAUGGGAAACACUUCUGGACGCCAGAGUUUGGGGAGAUGCUGCUUCACAGAUCUUCUACUCGUUUGGCGUCGGCUGCGGCUCUCUAGUUACGCUGGCUUCUUAUAACCACUUUCACAACAACUGCCACUUUGACGCCGUGUUCGUCAGCAUGGCCAAUUUCCUUACGUCGAUUUACGCUAGUUUCGCUGUUUUCUCUGUCCUCGGCUUCCAAGCGCAGCUCAUGGGGGUUACCGUAGAUGACGUUGCAUCAGAUGGCCCUGGUCUGGCCUUCAUUGCUUACCCAGAAGCCUUGCUUCAGAUGCCAGUGGCCCAGCUCUGGUCCAUCCUGUUUUUCCUGAUGCUGUUUAUCCUGGGCCUCGGAAGUCAGUUCGCCGGCAUUGAGGCCAUUAACACUGCUAUCGUUGAUAAAUGGCCGUCUUUGAGAAAGAAUUACUGGAUGGUCACCGCAUUUACUUGUUUCUCAUGCUUCAUCAUGGGGAUACCCAUGUGCUUCAGCGGAGGAGUAUACCUGCUAACUCUGCUUGAUUGGAACACAGCGUCUUGGGCCAUCUUACUUAUAGGAAUGGCAGAGUGUAUGUCUGUGGCGUGGAGUUAUGGCAUCAACCGAGCGAUGGACAAUCUGGCGACGAUGAAUAUGAAGAUGAACAAAAUACUGCGGUUCUUCUGGAAAGCAGUCUGGACUGUCAUUUGUCCAGUCGGCAGCUUUGCCAUUUUAGUAUUCAUCCUAACGGAUUGGACCCCACCUGCAUAUGGGGACUACGAGUUCCCGUAUUUCGCUGACUUCCUCGGCUGGGUAGUGGGUUUAUCCACGCUUAUGUUCUUCCCAGUUGGAGUAGGCUGGGCUCUCUAUAAAGGCUAUCGUGGAAUGGAGCUAUUCACUCCCACCCCUACUUGGAAGCCAGCUGUCAAAACCGAAGCCCCCGCCUCAGACUCGACGGACACCGUCGACGAGAAUGGCGCUGACAAUGCAGCCUUCAGUACCUAGGCAUCUGGAUUUGACAUAAUACUAGUUUAUGUAAUGAUAUCAACGUACUCAGCUUGUAUUU